AUGACUUCCACCAUUACUACCUCAACUUCAUGUGCGUCGGCCGACACUCACCAGGAUGAGGCAGUCAAAGCCCAAGGUGCCACGGUGAUGAAACGGCGAUCUCCCCUAUUGGGGUUGUUCCUGGUCGCGGAUGUGGCUGUCUCAGUGCUUUCAAUGGGAUUCUAUUCGCCCAACUGGACGAUAGACUUCGAUCUCAUAUUCAAAUAUCUGGUAUUUGUCGACGGGUACAAUUAUUUCACUAGUCCUAUCGAUUUCCUUCUACUAGCAAUUCUACGACUAGCACUAAUUGCCGUCGCUGUGCUUCUCAUAACAUUCCACUAUGAUACCGUCGCUACUACUAUGUUUAUGCCUAUGCUUGGAGUAGCAACGUUCUGCUAUUCCUACACACUGGUGAAAUUCCUCGCAUUUUCCGAGGACUUCCAUAUGAUGUACUAUCCGGGAGUGUGGUUCUCAACCACUUGGUCCGUGCUGGCUGCUUUACUAUUUGCCAUAGUUUGGUACUUUGUUUUGACGGCACAUCAUUUCAACUACCAACGUCUGGUCUCGGAACGGUUUGACUCUGCUUCUACUACUUCUGACGUUUCUAGUGUUGAAGCUACAGUCGAAAGAAGCCCUUCGGAUGAUGCAGCAGAAUUCCUCAUUGUUGAGACUUCUCCGAGGCGAAUAAGCACAUUUCAACACAUUUGCGCUCUUCUCAGAUAUUGUCAACAUCAGUGGCUUUGGUUUACAGUGGGAUUUAUAUUCCUGAUUAUAUAUGCUAUUGCUCGAGUAUUUAUCCCUAAAUAUACUGGUGACGUCAUAUCCAACAUUGUGAAGAGGGCCGGAGUUGCAGCACUGGUGCAUUCAGUGCUGAUAAUGGGAAUUUUGACAAUGAUGAGUACUUUGUUUGGUGGCCUUCGAGGUGGUUGCUUUGAUUAUGCGACGGCACUUGUUAGCAGACAAGUUCGGUUGGACCUUUUUCGAUCUUUAGUUCAACAGGACAUUGGUUUCUUCGACAUCACCAAAUCUGGUGAAAUGGUAUCUCGCCUAACGUCUGAUUGUCAGACAAUGUCCACAACAGUUUCAACGAAUCUCAAUGUAUUCCUUAGGAACGGUGUGAUGCUUGUCGGUGCACUUGUUUUCAUGUUUGUUAUGUCUUGGCGACUGUCACUGGUAACUUUCAUCGCUAUUCCUCUUGUUGGCUUCAUCACCAAAUGGUACGGCGCCUAUUACGAUAAAUUGUCAGAGAAAACGCAAACGACUAUAGCUGAUGCAAAUCAAAUAGCCGAAGAGGUUCUUUCUACUAUGCGUACAGUAAGAUCAUUUGCAUGUGAGCGACGAGAAGCUGAUCGUUUCGAAGGAAAACUCGGUGAGACGUUGAAAAUGAAUAGGAAGAAGGCUAUCGCAUACAUGGGCUACACGUGGAACAACGAAUUCUGUGACAAUGCCAUUUUGGUAGCCGUAUUGUUCUAUGGAGGUCACCUAGUCAUGUCCAAUAUGAUGUCAACGGACCAACUGAUCACAUUUCUCCUCUAUCAAAUGCAACUUGGCGAGAAUUUAUAUAACAUCGGUUAUGUGAUGACUGGUUUGAUGGAGUGCGUGGGCGCGUCAAGAAAGGUAUUUGAGUAUAUGUAUCGUGAACCUGAAAUACCAAACGACGGUAAAAGAGAACCCGUGCUUGGAGGUCGAAUCGAAUUCAAAAACGUGCAUUUCACUUACCCUUCGAGACCCAACAAUCCCGUGUUGAAGGGUCUGAAUUUAGUCAUAGAAGCUGGUCGAACAACAGCUCUGGUAGGGCCGAGUGGCGGUGGAAAAUCUUCUAUCGUUUCUUUGAUACAACAUUUCUAUGAGCCAAACAAAGGAGCCAUUACCAUAGAUGGGAUAAAUGUGGAGGAUAUUUCUCAUGUAUAUUAUCACCAGAAAAUUGCCCUUGUGGCACAGGAACCAGUCCUCUACAAUGGAUCUGUCCGAUACAACAUACUGUAUGGGUGCGAAUGGGCUACCGAGGCAGAUAUGCUCCGAGCAGCACAUACAGCCAAUGUUCAUAAUUUUGUUAUGGAACUGGAGAAAGGGUACGAUACGAAUUGCGGCGAGAAAGGCGUUCAGAUGUCGGGAGGUCAAAAACAGCGAAUUGCAAUAGCCAGAGCUUUGGUUAGGAACCCAGUGGUGUUAAUUCUUGAUGAGGCGACGUCAGCUCUAGAUGCCGAGUCCGAAGCAUUGGUUCAGGAAGCGCUAAAUAGGUGUGCACGUGAACGGACUGUUUUAAUAGUUGCUCAUCGAUUAUCUACUAUCGAAAAAGCAGAUCGAAUAGCAGUUAUUCAUAAAGGAUCUUUAGUACAGUCUGGAAAUCACGCGGAUCUGAUGGAGGAUGAGAAUGGUCUUUAUUACUCGUUAGUUUCGAAGCAGAUUCUUGCAUCAAAAAUCAAAGAAGAUUCAGACUAA